ACAAAUUUCGAAAUAAUUUCGAAUCGGCUCAAACAACAAAUAUUUUGGGUUUUCACAAAAAUGUCUAGUCGCGAAGGCGGUAAGAAAAAACCAUUAAAGACGCCUAAAAAGGAAGCCAAGGAGAUGGACGAACAGGACUUGGCCCACAAGCAGAAGCAAAAGGAUCUGCAAAAGGCUCUGGAAGCAGCUAAACAGAAAGCUGCAAAAAAAGCUGGAAAGAAGGGCGGAAAGUGAAGCAAUUUUCACGCCCAUCUCGUGUAUAUUUCACCUUUGGUUAUUGGCCCUGCGUUGGGCGCCACGUUACUAAAAAUUCUUUAUGUUUUGCAACUCGCAAUAAAUUGAGAUAAAUCCGUAUUCGCA